UGCCCGCCCAUGUUGAACUUCUUGUCCACCAGCACCCUGAAGUCCUUCUCCCCACGGCUGCUGUCCAUCCAUUGUCCUCCCAGCUUGUGUCCAUGUCACUGACAGAUGUUAAACAGCACCAGCCCAAUAUCAGCCCCUGGUCUCCACCUGGACAUGGAGUCAUUGGCCAGUUUGAGUGCAACCAUCCAUCUAAUUCUUUAUCCACAGAAUGGUCCAUCUGUGAAGUCUGUGUCUCUCCUGAUUAGAGACAAGGAUGUUGUGCAGGACAGUGUCAAAUGCCUUGCACGAGCCCAGGUAGAUGAUAGCAGUUGCUUUUUCCUCACCACUUUACACCACUGAUGUAACUCCCUUGUAGGAGGCCACCAGAUUUGUCAGGCAUGAUUUGCCAUGGUGAAAUCAUGUUGACUGCCCCAAAUUCUCCCCUUAUUUCCCAUGUGCCAUAAGAUAGUUUCCAGGGGGAUCUGCUCCAUGAUCUUGGCAGGUACCGAGGCAAGAAUUACUGACCUGUAUUUCCCUGGGUCUUCCAUAUUUCUGUCCAAAUCAGUGGUGAAAUGUGUCACAGCAGUAAAUUCUUACCACUGUAUGGUAAGUGUAGUAUAAGUAUUUAUUUUAGGACAUAUAAAUAGUAUCAUGUUUUCCAAAAAGUGCUCUUUCACUAGAUGGUAAAAGUAUUGUGAGUGAGCAAAUACUGUGUGUAAAUUCUGUGUGUAAAUUUGAGUCCUCAGCGUUCAGUGGGGUACUGAAGGUGCCAAUUCUUUAUUGCCGUGAUCUGUUCCCUUUCCUAAGACUAGGGAAAUGCAUAUAACUGCAGAACUUGAGAGUUCCUCUUUCAGAGAGAACAGUAUGUUUGGAUGGGAUUCACCUUAUCUACAUGAUAUGUCAACAGUGAUGAUGACUGUAACAGAUAUUGAGGCUGUCUUUUUCAUUAGAGGUACUCCUAGGACAUGAUUAAUUUUAGUAUGAAUGCCAAAAUCAAUUGUAAGAAUCACUUUCUAGAAAUUACUCUUUGUAGUGACUCAAAAUUACAUUAAUUUACUAUUUAACAAAUGGGAUUUGAUGUGCAAUUUUGAAUUUCAGAAUUGCAGUUUAUCUUCAGAAUCUGUUUUAGGCUCUUAUGUGACUUUCUGGAGUUCAACAAUACUUACUUGCACAUUAUUUCCAUUGCAAAAUUUCACCUUUUGUGGACCUUAAACAAACAUGGUGGCCUACUUUCUAUCAUAUUUAAAAAUUCAUUAAAUAUUCCAGUACAAAUCUACCCUUAGUUUUGAACAGAGAUAUUUCAAGUUAAUUAACAUUUAGCUUUUAUGUCCCUUUUUUUCUUGUUAGAUAUAUAUUAGAAGGACAUUCAGGCAUAUUUAUAAUAUAACAAAAAAGAAAAAAUACAGACAUCCAGAAGUUACUUUAAAGUAUCAUAUGAAUAUUUAUUUUAAUUGGAUAUCUGCUUCAUCUUCAUUUUGAAGAGUAUGUUUAUCCAUUUUACUGAAGUAUCAAUAAUUACAAAAGUUUAUUUCAGUGCAUGCAUUCUCUCAUUUAUGCUAAUGCAGGUUAUAUUACAAAGAGAAUAUGAAACAAAGCAAGGAUCACCUUCAAGGCUUGAUGCCUUUAUUUAGUCACUGGAAAAGGACAGAGACUGCCAUAAAUGUGAGACUGAGAAUUUGUUGAAGGUAUUAAGAAAAACAUUCUCAAGUCCUAGGUAAAUCUCUACUUGUGGCAAUAAAAAAAAAUCAUCCAUCCAGGCACAGGAGGAGAUUUCCCAGCUUUGUCAGGAAGCUAUAAAAUUCCCCAGGCCUCCUAAAAGCAUCACUCCUGUGAUAGCUCAAGCUGUAUUAAGAGACAUGGAGAUAGGAAGGAAUACAGCACUGUCCGAUUGCCAAAGGAUGCCUACAGAACAGGAUGGCCUCAAGGAGCAGUUACAGAUUUCCCAAGAAGCUGCGUUUAAUGAAAAGGCUCAUUUGGAACAGAGAAUUGAAGAGCUUUAAAUGACUGCUCACAAUUUAGAUAGUGAACAGUUAGAACAGAUGUCUAAAGUGGCACUGAUGAAAGACACCAUUGAUUCUCUGGACACUGAAAUGAAAAGAUUGACAAGUACUGGAUUCUGAAACUGAGUGAGUUGACAGGAAGCUGAAUAUGCUUCUCUUAGAUCACUUAGUUAUAACUUGAAACAGGUACUAAAUAAAAAACAAGCAAAGUACCAAACUGAGCUUGAUGAUAUGAAGUUGAAAGCCCAGGAUUCAAACAGAGAUAUUUUCAGGCUGAAGAAUGUGCUGAAGUCUAAACUUUAUGUGUUAGGAGAGAGAACUGUGAACUCUUAUCACAAAGGCUGUGAACAAGGAGAAAGUUGGGAAGCAAAAUGCCAUGAAGCAGACAGGCUUUUCCUGUUAGACUGGCAGUGAUCAGUGCAGUCUGAGAGCCACAGUUGGAAAGGGAGAACAGAGUCCCUUGAAAUACAGAUGGAGCAAAUGCAGAGCAAGGGUGCAUCAAACCAUUCUGAAACAGAGCUGCUGGGAAAUAAAAAAGCAUCUAUAAAAAACCUGCAAUCUUCAGUUGUGUCCAAUUGUGAGAAGGAAUUUCAGCCACAGAGAGCAAACCAAGAGGAAGUCUCUGAAAUUCAGUUUCACAAGGAACAGCUUGCUUUAGUAGAAAAUAAUUGUGCUGUGCAGAAUCAAGAUUUUACUCACCUCAGAAACAGAGCAGCAGAGUCAGAACUGGAUAUCACCAAAACACAGCUGGGGACUGAGCACUUUGAUAGGCAAGUAUAUGUUUUUGUAUUGUGCUUCCUGCAGCUAAUUGGGGUGAAAUGCAGUAUAGUACUAAGACUUAGGCUAAUUACUCAGAUAAACAACAACGUUUGGGUCUACACUGCUGUACAUCUCCUAUGUGUUUGGAGACUAUUCAUGUCACUAAAUUUAGGCUGUUCAGCUGUUACACAUGCUGUCUAAAUUAGUUAUGUAGGUUGCAUGUGUAGCCAACAGAAUGAGACAGUUGAGAUUAACUACCCUCUGGAAUAGCCUGGUUUAGGAUCAGGUGGGUCACUUUCCUGAAGAUACUCAUCUCUCUUCACUCAUUUAUACUGAUGCCUGUCUUGAUCUAUAGUGAAAAUCCAGGUGACUAGUUGUUUAUACUGCUGCUUUAUAGCCUACUAGUUCUUUGCACCUCUGGAAUGAUUUUUGCCUGUACCCACCCCCAUUUUCCCAGGUACUACUUGAGGUGCUAUGGGUGAUUCCCAAAUGGCAGGAUGACAAAUAGAUAUAUUUUUAAUUUUGCAAGAAGAGAGUUUAACAACAUGUAGGACCUAUUUCACAUGAUUUGGCCAUAGCACCAGAGAAUGGUCUCUGUCCUGCUUCAUUAAUUAAUUUAUCUGUGUAGUCUUGGUGUCUUACAAAGAUAAGAUAGUUUUCUUAUCUUUGAAAAAACAAUACUUCUCUAUUUCAUGGGUGUAUUGAGGAUAAAAUAUUACAGUUUUGGGUAUUAUUUUGGAUAUGUAAAAGAGCGAGAUAAAAGAAGCAGAGUGAUAUGAUUAUAGCACAGGUCUGAGAAUGAGGUGUCUCAUUUAAGUAGUAAAUUGUUGAUAUUCUGUUCUCUAAUGAGUAAGGAUUAGGGGUCUGAAGAGGACAUCUCUGGGAAGAUCAUCUUCUUCAUGGAAAGCAAUUAAGCAGCUUCUCAGAGCCAAAGUAUUUUUCUGCCACUGGCAAGUGAAAAACAGAAAAUUGGCCAUAUAAGAAAAAUACUAUCAUUAAUAUUAUCAUGUUAGUACAUAAUGGAAGCAACAGCUGUGAGUAGUGACAGGUUUGUUGUUAGUUCGAAGAAGUGGGUAUAUGCUAUCUUUUUUGUAACACUGGUUGAACUAGUCAUAUUUAUUUACUGUCUUGGUGCACAAUGAAAUAAUGCCUGAAAUUAGGAGGUGGAAGUGCCAACAUUGUCAGACCUUGAAUAGGCACCAAAACAGUGACACCCAUCAGACUGGCUUUUUCUUUACCAGCCAGGAAAAGCACCUCCCCAUCCCUCCCAUCUCUCUGACUGUAGAAGCAGUUUAGGCUCCCGUGGAAACAACACUUUUUAGUUAUUGUCCUCCCCUGGCUGUGGUGACCAAGCACAGGGACUGUUGGGCUUGCUGCACUGCUGUUGCUAGAGCAAGUCCUUUUAUUGUCCCUAGAUGCAGCUCCCUGAGCCAGUGCUGAAUGUGAUCACUCCCCAGCAGGCCUUAGUGACCUGCUUCAGUGGUCCCCUCCACAGGUGGGUCUGUGGCAAUGGCUGAGCCACACUGAAACCCAGGGCUUGUUGUAGCCACCCUACCUUAUAGCUUCCCAAUCCAACACAGGCUAGAUUCUCCUUAACGAGAACAACUGACAGACUGAAACCAGGAUCCCAGAGAAGUAUGUACCUUCAAAACUUUCAAGAGGAUUAUCCAAUCCCACAUACUUCCUUCCCAUAGAGCCAGAUGCAGGAGUUAUGGAUUGAUCUAAUAUCCAGGCCCCAUCUCUUAUACUCAAAAUGGCUGGACUUCCAUUUUGCAAUUUUCCCUUUGGGGAUUCCAGCAUCUCUUAAAUAUCCAUCAGUUUCAGGGCACUUCAGUAGACUCUAGUCCACUGGCCUUGCCAACUCAAACAGCACAGGAAUACCACAAGCAGCACUCUACUUACUUUUGAAUAACCUUAAAAUUAGGCUCUUCCUCCCUGGAGAUGUUUACAGUUUUUAGUUUUAAUCCUGUAGUUACCAUGGAUAUCUUUUCAGGGAAAAUUGAGACAAUGGAUACAUAGAAAUAAAUCUCAGUAAGGGAAUAAUACAAAGAGACUCACUGAUGUGUCUUUCAGAGAAGUGUAUGAUGAAAACUACAUUUCCUUUUAAAAUAAAAUUUAGAAGCUGACAGCAUGCAUAAAAAAAUAUUUCCAGUGGAGGGGAAAGAAGUCUCAGUUCAUGACUUGCAUUUGAAAUGAUUAUGUGCUUCCAAGUUUAAUUUGUUGACUGAGAUUAUUUCCUUUGGCACUUGACUAAUCUUUGCUAUCAAAGGCUUCUCUAAGUAUUAAAAAUGGCUCCCAAUAAUAUGAGGCAAGUUUCCUCGGGUCAGCAAGCUGGUUCUGGUGCCCUUAGGAAGAAAACACAGCUGUGCAUGACAAUUAUGUUUUAGCUACUGCCAAUCCUUGAUAGAAAGUACAGGGGGUCUUCAUUCCUCUGAUAGAAUUGUGUCUACUCCUCCUUCAUCUGAGUACAGUGUAGCUCUUAAAUAUGUUGAAAGAAACAUUGUGUCACUUGGAACAGUUUCAUUUACUUUUAAUUACCAUAACACUUUCUUCUAUUUUUGAUACUUACAAAGAGAAGAGGAAACAAUCCAUGUAGUCACCACGCUGAUACUAACAAUUAUGGUGCUUUUUCUAUUUGCAUUACUCCCUUUCCAGGGUGAUAAAAUUCCAUUCUAAGAAGUAAACUUCUGGCUAAAUAACAAAUGAAGACUAAUCUUGCAGCUAGAUUAGGAAUUCAAUUUCUAUCUUACUUGAUGUUCCUUUUUUUUUUUCUGGUUUUGUGGAGGAUUUUUGCUUGGUGUUCUGUUAUGAUUUGAUUUGGGCUUUUUUAUCCUGGUUGGCCUUACGUGACUUUUGCACAUGACUAGGGUACAAUGAGUUUAAAAAUUAAGUAAGUGAGCCAGGUUUAAAAUUUUCAGACUGUUUUGAGCUAAGUUUUUCUUAAUUAAAUCUAUGUAGCUUUUGCAUGGCAAUGAGCUCAAUUUUUGUGUUUGGUUAUUUUCCAUUUUUGAGAAUUCAAGAUAUAUAAUUCAUAUGUAAUAACUAACAUAAUUAAUAACUUUUUUUCCUCAUCCAAGUCCUUGUUAUACUUUUAUUUUUUGCUACAUGGGAAGACCUAAAGUUGUUUCAGACUUACAGAAUCCUGGAAUUCUAGAAUGAUUUGGGUUGGAAGGGACAUUAAAGACCAUCUAGUUCUAACCUUCCACUAGACCAGGUUGCUCAAUUCCCUUGAAAACUCCUUAGUUACUUGUUUAUGCUAAAUGGUUGGGGAUUGUUUUCAUUUUAAAAAAUGCAAUAAUAACAACCAUUAGCAGGCUGUGCUACAUUUUAAAAGCUUAAAUUGAAAGAAUUUAUCAGUUUUGUGUAGUGUAGUGAUAUAGGUAUGAAUGAAAUAGUCUGUUAGAAAAGGCUGUCCUAAAAUAGAGCAGAGAUCUGAACCUGGAAAUGUCUGCUUUGUAUAAGUAAUCUAUAUUUGAUGUGCAUAUUUGCUUUAAUGUCAACAGUACUAAAGUUCUUGAUAAAUUUUAUGUCAAUAAUUUAGAGUGUCAAUCAAGAAUGAGAUGAAAUAGUAGAAAUGUACGAAAUAUCUGUGAAUGAUUUCCCUCUCAGCUAACUCUAGAAAGAUUUAGAAAAUUCAUUGAGACCAUAACAAAAUAAAAACAAAUGUAGAAUAUUGCCUGAGAAUAAAAGCAAGAAUAUUAAUGCAAAUAUUUGGGUGUAAUAAUCAUCAGAAUCACACGAUUAAGACUUUUAAAAUAGAUAUUUGGGGAAUUGAUGAAAUAGGAUCUCAGUGUUAUUUCCUGUUAGGUAGUGUACUACUAUUCCAGGAGAGUCAUCCUGGAGAGGACGUCUCAUUUUUCAGCCACUUUAAGAGAAGUCACCACGGAUUGAAAAGGGUAUUGUAGAAACAACUGCUAGAAACUGGAGAGGCUUCUUCCACAGCUAAUGUGUGACUCUGCAGUAUACAUGAAGUAUAAUGAGACAGUAGUGUUGGAAUCACAAUUAAUGCCCUUCCUUCUCUCCAGCUGCUAUUUCAGCAGACAGUCCGUGAUGGGAGAUGAGGCAGUCACCUUUUCAUUCUAUGGAUCAUGUGAUAUCAGGAGUAAAUUGGACAGUAACUUUUUCUUAUUAUUCCAUCUUUAUCUAGAUAUUUAUUGUACCAGAGUCCUUGCUCCAGUGAAGUGAAAAGGAUGUGUCCUGCAGUUUGUGUUGCAGACCUGGUGGGAAAGACCUUUUCUGUCUGAUUUUCUUAGGUGAUAGGAGUCCAAAUAUUGCCUUACACAUCAAAUGUGUUAUGACAUUUUUAUACAAUAAAAUCUAAUCUGUCGAAUUGUCUGGAUUGACUGUUAAAGAGUUUAGGAAGUUUCCUCAAAGUGCUUUCAGAAUCCACACCUAGAUUAAUCCUUAUUGCUAUCUUCAUUAAAAAAAAAAAACUUAGUAGGUCUCUGGUUUAUUUUUGCAAGCAAAGGCAUGUCGCUCACAAUAAUGGAUUAAGCAUAAACUUGCAAAUAUAUUCUUUUAUUCGAGUUUUUUUUUGUGAUAAACUGACUGCUCAACAUUAACAUACAUAUCUGAGUAAUAAUUAAAGACAGCAUAACCCAUAUGAAUGCUCCUAAUACUGAAAUAAAGCAACCAUGUUGCUUUUUAGGAACAGGUGGCUUUAAAAAGCCUCUAAAAAUAGUUUCAUGAAUAAUAUUUUUAAAAAAUUAAAGUAUAGAUAUAUAUGUUCAACAUAAAUUUUAGGAUUAUCUUCCACAAGAAUAACAAUAGUUUUCAGUACAGGUGAGCUGAAUUUGGAGGUUCUGGUUCUUCAUUCCUUAUUUGGCAGACAGCCACAGAAGUCAGAUCAGCAAUCACCGGUGUUAAUGGGACUGCUUGCAAAUAAUAAAUAAAGACCGUAGGAGCAGACAUAAUGAUAUGAACCAUUAUGCAGUUAUUAAAAGGCAUAUUGUACACUUUUCCCAGAUGAGAGAAGAUGAUAAUUUCAUUAUGCUGGAAGAUGAGAAAGAGAUUUGUUGUUUUGCAAUCAUACUGUCGUAUUGAUUUUUUUUUUCCUAGAAGAUGAUCACAAACCAGAUUGAGAUAUGUGAUCUUGAUCUAUAAAACUAAUACCCUAUCAUCUAGAAGGUGAGAAGCAGAUAUUAGAUAAACUUACUACAGAUAAAAGGAGUUAUUUUUGGGAGUGGAUAUGCUGUGCAGAGGCCCAUGUCCUAAGAUGUAAUUCUUUAGUUGCGAUGAUGAUGCUUUUCCAUGUAACAUAAUGAAGAAGUCAGUAAAGAGGGGCUAGGUGCUCACCUAAAAAGUAAAAGCAGAAGAUUCUUAAGCAUUUUGGACUUAAAAACUCUUCUCUUAUGGAGAGAGGAAUAAAGGAAUA